AUGACAAACUACAACAUCUCCAUCGUCAGCGACACCGUCUGCCCCUGGUGCUACGUAGGAAAAAACCGCCUCCAAGUCGCCAUCAAAACCCACCAGAAAACCUUCCCAAACGACACAUUCACCACAACCUGGUUUCCCUUCUACCUAAACCCAGACGCACCAAAGCAAAGCAGAGACAAACAAACCAUCUACGUCGAAAAGUUUGGCGAGCAGAGGGUAAAAAUGAUGCAAGGUCGUCUCUCAGAAAUCGGCCGUGAAUUGGGGAUUGAGUUUGCGUAUGGUGGCAAGACUGGAAAUACUAGGGAUUCGCAUAGGGUGGUGCAGUUGGCAAAGACNAAAGGGGAGGAGACGCAGACGAGGGUUAUGGAAAAGUUGUUUAAUGCGUACUUUGAAUUGAACGAGGAUAUUACCGAUCAUGCUGUCUUGACAAAGGCUGCUGUUGGUGGUGGACUUGAGGAGAACGAGGUCAAGGAGUGGUUGGAGAGUGACAAGGGUGGUCCUGAGGUUGACCGUGAGGUUGCUGCUGCUCAGAGGAGGUUCAUCUCUGGUGAGUUUGCUUUCCUCAGAGUAAUCAGGUUCGAUUUGCUGACCUCUUCUACUUCAGGUGUCCCCCACUUCACUUUCAACAACAUGUAUGAGGUUGGUGGUGCAGAGGAACCUGCCACUUUCCUGCAAAUCUUCAACGAGAUCAAGAAGCGUGAGGGAGCAGAUGAUUCAGCCACCACUCAAGUCUCAUCUGGCAACACCUGCUAG